AUGGCCAAUCUGGCGUCGACGUACCGGAAUCAAGGCCGAUGGGCAGAGGCCGAGUCGUUGGACUUACAAGUUAUGGAGAUAAAGAAAAAGGUGCUGGGGCCGGAACACCCUGACACGCUGACCGGCAUUAACAAUCUUGCUUGUACUUGGAAAGGCCAAGGUCGUCAUGAUGACGCAUUGGACUUGAUGCGCCGUUGCGUCCAGCUCAACGAGCAAGUACUUGGCCCACAUCACCCUCAUACGAUGUCCAGUCUUUGUGAACUAGAUAUAUGGCAAAAAAUCGACCAUUCAUUGCGGCAGCACAGCUAGUUUCGAUGACGAACUUUCCAUCCAAAACGCAGGUGGAAUGACAGGGACAGAGGUACGCUGUCAGACUCAUCAGACCAAACUGCAACCACAGCCUACUACAUCCAGCGAACCACCUACACUUCCUAAUACACCACAGGAUACUGGACUUCAUAAUGGUACUCAAUACGCACGAAAGUUUGCUGGCCCAUUUAAAGGAAUGCUGGUUGACAGCGGUACUUUCAUUAAUGUUGGCG